GAAUGAGUGAGAAUAGACCCUGCUACCCCAAUUCCAAAAAAAGUAAGAAACCCUCAUGUGAAUGUUGACUGCCAUUUCAAUUCCCAAACCCUCUACAGCUGCCGCCUGCUUUGCUGUCUCCGGUGACCCGUCGCCGGCUGUCGACACCACCUGGCCACCAAGGAACCACCGUCCGGCGUGCACCUGACGUCUACCGCACCAGCUCUGCUCUUCUCUCUAAUCUUCAUCAUUUGUUGGACCAUUGCUCUUCUUUAAGGACCCGCCACUGGUAGCAGCUAAGCUUCAUUUUUGCCAGCAUCUAGUCGAGAAAGGAGAAACACAGAUACUGUUUCAGAAACUUGAAUUAAUAAGUAGUGAAAUUGAAAAAAUGGGGGUUGACAGGGAAGACGGUCGCACGCCCACAAUGUUGAAACCUUUAUCUUGUUCUAGAAACGUCCUUAAUCGCGCUCACGGCUCUGCUAGUUGGUCUCAAGGUGAUACAAAAGUGUUAGCUGCAGUUUAUGGACCAAAAGCUGGGACUAAGAAGAAUGAAAAUCCAGAAAAAGCUUCAAUUGAAGUAAUUUGGAAGCCUAAAACAGGGCAAAUCGGGAAAUUGGAGAGGGAAUAUGAGAUGAUACUAAAGAGAACAUUACAAAGCAUAUGUAUUUUGACUGUCAACCCAAAUACAACCACAUCAGUAAUUGUUCAGGUUGUCCAUGACGAUGGCUCUCUUCUUCCUUGCGCAAUUAAUGCUGCUUGUGCUGCUCUUGUGGAUGCGGGAAUCCCUCUGAAGCAUCUUGCUGUUGCAAUAUGCUGUUGUUUGGCCGAAGAUGGAUGUGUGAUGUUGGAUCCUACAAAACAAGAGGAGCAGAAAAUGAAAGCAUUUGUUUAUUUGGUUUUCCCAAACUCCGUGCUAUCAGUUCUGCAAGUGUCGAGCAAUACAAAUGAGGAACCAGUGGAGCAUGGGAUUAUCACAUCUGUUACCCAUGGCGCGAUGUCAGAAAGAACUCGAUAUUAGCUUCUGCCUUGAGAUCUCUCAUGAAUCUAUGUCAGCAACCGGAAUCUCAUGAAUUGGUUGGACCCUUCACAAGAUGGUGAUACUGAAGCUGCUAAACUUGGAGCAUCUUCAGCUUAGAUUUUCCAAGUUGUCAGGUAGAGGCCUUACUUUGAUUACUGAAAGCUGUUUGAAACUAGAAUUUCUCGAUUUGAAUGGGUGUAUAUCUAGAGCUUAGACUAGUCAUGAAAUCAUUAAUUGUUGCUCAAAUUUGAAGAAUUAUAAAGCCAAAUUUCUAUAUACCAAGAGCUUUAUAUCACACCGAGAGGUAUGGUCAUUGGUUUUACAAAGAUACAUAUAUGCAUGAGUUGAAGAAAGAUGAUGAUUUUGUAGAUCAGUUCAAAAGAUAGGUGAGGCACCAUUGCCUGUAUGGAAAAUAUGGUAAAUUUAAAUGGGCCGAGGCGCCAUGGCCUAAAUGGAAAACGCAAAUUCUCGUGUUAGACAAUUUCAUUGUGAGACAAUUUUUAUACAUGGGUUGGAUAGCCUAACUUAUACAAUAUUUAUAUAUGUGCUUCUUGUU